AUGGCCUCACCUUCCCUCUCUCCAUACGCAGUAGGCGAAUCAGACACCGACCCGCUCCUCAUCACCGUCCGCUUCUCCGCCUCAAUCCCCGACCUCCAACUAGACGUCCCAGACCCCGGGAUCAUAACAGGCGCAGGCCUAAAGCAAUUAAUCCGAGCUGAACUCCCCAAACCCCUAUCAUCCAAUCGACUACGCCUCAUCUACGCCGGCCGCGGUCUUGAAGACACGGCGGCAUUAACAGCCUCACUAAAGCUCCCGUCAUCACCAAGCCGGAGCCCUCGCCCCGCACCAGACCAAGCCGAGACCCCAGGCGAAAAUGGCAAGGGCAAGCAGCCGGUACACGAUACCCGCCCACGUCUCUAUAUCCACUGUUCGAUUGGUGACAUCUCACUCUCAAAACACGACCUAGACAACGAAGCAAGCGUAGCAUCAACAGUCCUCCUACAGCAGAAGCAGCAGCAAGCCAAAGCGGACAAGAAAUCCCCCGCCAAAGAUGCUUCAUCUCUACCCCCAACAUCUGCGCAACUGCGCCCCGUCUCCCAAACCCGGCCCCAGUCAACGACUACCACACCGGCACCCCGCGGCUUCGACCGCCUCCUCUCGGCGGGAUUCACGGCCAGUGAGGUUGCCGCUCUACGCUCCCAGUUUCUGGCCGUGCAAUCUGUUUCCCGGACGCCGGAUACUAUGCCUACUGGUGACCAGCUGCGGGAUCUUGAGGAUCGGUGGAUGGAUGAGGGGUCGACGGCGGCGCAGGUGCAGGGUGGCCUUGGUGAGGGUCUUGGGGAUGAUGAGGGCGGGAUUGGACCUGGGUCGCGCGGGGCGAUGGACGAUAUGCUUUGGGGAGCUGUUAUGGGGUUCUUUUGGCCUAUUGGUUGUGCGAUGUGGUUGCGCAGAGAGGAGGGGGUUUGGAGUUGGAGACAGGGGGUUGCUGUUUGCGUGGGUGUUAUCGUUAAUGCUUCUUUUGGAGCGAUGAGGAUUAUGAACUGA